GCAGGCGCCUCCAGCAGCAGGCAUCGGCCACUGCCGUCGCCGUCGCAGGCCCCAACUCGAACGCCGUGGCCAACGCGGACGCGACUUCUGACGGCACGGGCGUGGCCAGCUCCAACGCCGAGUCGAUCGCCACCGACGGUAGCACGGCCUACUCCGAUGUGUCGACCACGGCCAAGGAUGGCGCCAGCGCGAUCGCCUCCGUCAAGUCUCACGCCUCCAACGGCGCGUACGUUAAGGGCGUGGUGGACCUGGAGGCCGAGGAUGGCGCGGUGGUCGUGUACGACCUGCUCCUGGGCGCAUCUGGUGACAAGGUUUUGGCCGUCAAGGUCUGGGGCGAAGGCUUCAGGACCUAUGAUGGCAACGUCCUUGCCCUCACCCUGUGGAAGGCUUAUCAGGAGUCUGAGGAGAUGGGCGCAUAUGCCACUGAUGCUUGCGCCGUCGCAUUUGCUGAUCUCCUCCGCGAGUACCCCGACAACUACACCUACGUCGCCCCCAUCAUCGUGUCCGCUGUCCGCCGGCCUGGCCCAGCUGCCAGCUACUUUGGCGGAGUCAUCAUCAAGGCCUACGAGACCGAGGGCUGCGAAUUCGUGCAGCCUUACUGCGUGGCCGCUGAGGAGCUGGCGGCGGCCAAGUUCAACGACAAGGCCUUUGUGAAAUCCAUCGCUGCAAGCCCCGAGCUGGUUUCCUGCGUGUACGACACCGACUGCGACGCCGACAUGGCUGAUCAGUGCUGCGGGGUCGAAGUUAUGGAGUCUGGGAAGUGUCA